GAGUGUGUUUUUCCCGGCGAUACGAUGGUGCGCUUUUUGUGUCGUGUGUAACUCGAGGAGAAUACACACGAGAUACGCAAGUGCGAAAAUUAACGCUGAUACGAUUAAUUACGGCUGAGUUUUGCUUAAUUGAUGAGAACACAUACUCGGACAUUCGAGAGAGAUUGUUUCACACCUAGGUUAGAUACUGCUUCCUCGUACGGAUUUGAGAAGAGAAAAAGAAAUGAGAAGACGAAGAAAAAGAAGGACGAGUUCCGUUGGCUCUUUCUUCCUCCUCCUCCUCCUCCUCGGCAUCAGCAGCGCUGCACACAAGAUUCCCGGAACGAUUGUGCAAACUAACUCCCGACCAUUGUGUGAUCGGAGCAAUUAAUCCGUCUUCGAUGACUCUACCAGCUGAUGCACAGAGCCCACCGCAGGGAUACCCAGCAGUCCAUCAUGCGAGCCUCAGCUCCAGCGCCUCCGACUCAGCAGCCGAGGACGAGGCCGACGGCCCCACCACCUCCAGUUCGCAGGAUAAAUCGGCGAAUCUCCGAUGCAUCGUCGCCAAGGCCACCGCGGUAUGGAAAUUCGUUUACGCUUUUGCCGCACCUCCGUGUAUUUUCCGAAGGACCGUCUGUGAUAUCAUAAGGCGGAAUUGUACAUAAAUGUGUAGAUAAUAGAGACAAGCACAAAAGCAUAGAAAAAGAGUGACCGACGAUGGACAACAGCGACUGCUACUACUACCAACACUCGUGGAAGACGAAGCUGCGGCUGUUAGGUCGACAGAUGCGCAAACUCUUGACAACCUUAGGUCCCAUGAAGCUGAAACGUCGUCGGGCUGGUUACACGAAGAUCGAGACCGAGGAUGAGCAACGUUUAAGAAGGAUGGCGAGAGACGAGAUCGACCUUUCCGCCAAGCUUGCUCUCGUUUAUGCCCCUUGACCGGAUCUUCGUCGAUCGCGAACCGGACGGAAUCGAAGUCCUUCGCGAGUGGGAGACGGAGAAGCGGUACCGGGUGAUGGACGCGAGCGGCGAGUCGUUGUUCACCGCUGUGGAGGAGUCGAGCGCCUGCGCGCGAUGCUGUCUUGGAAAAUGCCGCUCCUGGGACUUCCACGUGCUCGACAAUAACCGGCGGGAAGUCCUGCGCGUCAGACGCGCGCUUCGAUGCGCCUCUUGCUGCUUCCCUUGCUGUCUUCAGAGAGUGACGGUACACACGGAUCACGGCGAGCUGCUGGGCUCGGUGACGCAGAACUGGAACGUCUGGCGACCGUCUUACACGAUCCGGGACGCGGCGGACGUGCCCGUCCUCCUCAUGAAGGGACCCAUCUGCCUCUGCUGCGGCGGUGAAGUCGAUUUUCUCAUAAAAUCGAUCGAUAAGCAGCACAGCGUCGGUGUGAUCACGAAAAAGUGGUCGGGUCUGGCGCGCGAAUUUUUCAAAGACGGCAACAGCUUCGGUCUCGGCUUCCCCGUCGAUCUCGACGUCAAGAUCAAGGCCGUCCUCCUUGGCGCCUGUUUUUUAGUCGACUUUGUGUACUUCGAGGAGCAGUCUAACAUGAAACGCCUGAGCAAACCCAUCUAACAAAACAACACAAGCCAAAUAUUAUAAGAGCGACAGCAGUAGCUAGUCGAUGUACUACGUCCCUCUAUAGUUUUAAGCUUUAAAUGUUCUUCCUUUCUUAACGUGUUUUCUCGUUGAACAGAUCGCAUUUAUGUAUAAUGUAGUCUCGUUUUUAUACUCACCUGCCAGUCGCAUUGUUUACUAUUGUAUUUUGUUCUGGUGAUCGCUCACUAAGACAAUAAGACUGUCCUAAUGUUUUUCUUUCUUAGAUUAAUUAUUAUAAACAUACUGUUAUUGUUGUGCAGAAACGAGUUUAGUCGUCGUUUCGCUAUUAUCUACAUGUAUAUUGUAAAAUGUAGUAAGUACGUGUUAUGAAGAAUGUAAAAUUUUACGCGUCGUUUUAAUACAUCUAAAGUUUAUGACGAAUGUUCGAUCACUGCGUUACAAGAUAAUUUAUUACAGCAAUAAUAAAUUAUGUUUUUACUAUUAAGAAUCUCAAAAGUUUGAUAAUCAAAUAUAAUAUGCUAACGAGUAUUUUUAUUUCCAAGUGUGCGAGGGAUAGAUAAUAGAACGCCAUGAAAUUUAAGGUGUACGUCUUUUAUUCGUGUUCUAAUCUUGUAUUUUCAAUACAUCUGGCCUUCUUUGGAUAGAUAAUCAAACACUGCACAGCGUUUCGCACGCGCGCACUUCAUUCGUCCGGUUUGCAAAAAUUCCUCGAUCACAAUUUUUUUUGGAUUUUCGCUCAGUCGA